AUGAGCUCCAGCUCCCACGCCGCCGCGGACCCCGAGGCCCAGUGGCCGCCGGCGCAGCCCGCGCAGCCCGCCCGCACCUGCCGGCCGCAGCCCGCCCUGGUGGCCGCGCUCGCGGUCCUGACGGUCGGCGGCUUGGCCUGGGCGCUCGUGACCCGGGAGAUGUGGGCUGCCUGCGCCUCGUCGUGUCCCAGCCCCGGUACCGCGACCAGCCGGGCAUCCACUGAAGUCCCGCAGCUCCCGCCCCACGUCCCUGCCAACCUCUGGGACCCGCUGCCGAAGGAGCAGGACACGUUCGCCAAACUGCUGACCCCAAAUGUGCUGCUGAGAAAUGAGACCUUGAGCUGGUACAGCCAGCCGGGGCUGAAAGGCGUGUACCUGUCCCCCGGCCUGAACUACAGUGAGGACACACGGGAGCUGGUGAUGGCCGAGGACGGGGCCUACUACGUCUUCUUGCAACUGGAGCUGCAGCGCAAGGCCACCCUCCAGAACGGGGGCGAGGUCUCCCUCACUCUGCUCCUGCAGCCUCCACCAGUCGGGGCCGCUGCCCUGGCCCUGACCGUGCAUCUGCCUUGCUCCUCCGAGUCCAGAAACUCUGCUGGAGGAUUCCGGGGUGGCUUGCUGCACCUCAGUGCCGGCCAGAGACUGAGCGUCCGCCUGAGUGUCCACCUGCAUGGGCAGGCCAAGGCGCAGGAUGCCUGGCAGUUGGCCCAGGGUGGCACAGCUUUGGGACUUUUCCGCAUGACCACGAAAGUGCCAGAUGGAUUCUUCUAG